UAUUCUUCUCAAAGAUUGCAAUUGCAAGAUGCGCAAAACUUCCAAAUCCAAACGACAACAAAGCGUACUUUCCCCACAUAGCAUCAUAGCGUACUUUUUACAUCUCGUCCCAUUCAAAAAUCAGCCAUUGAUGUCCUGUGACUCAUACGUCGAGGGGUUGUGCUCCUACACAUCUUCGCUAGGAUUGUUUUCCCCCGAAGACCACAUUCGACUGUUGCCAUCGCGUCUGACUGAUCGAGAAAUACUUUCACCUUUGACACCCAACCCGGCUGAUUCAGCUAUUUUUUCUUCUUGUCGUGAUUGCCCUGACCUUUUGAUAAAAAGCCAUGCGAUUACAACACAUAUUGCAGUGAAGACCAGCGUGCCCACUUCCGUGCCAACUGACAAGCAUUAGUAAGUGUUCUGCGUCUACCCGGAGGAACGUACCAAGUAUCUUAUAAACAAAGGGAGAAUCGCCGAAUCUUGGGUGAUUUUCGGGGUCAUAUAGGGGUAGUGCCAGAAGACUCGUCACGAAACUCAGAGGUGUGAAGACAAUAGUCACCACUGCAAAAGCAAGCGCGGCAAGACCAACAAACACACUUCUCUUCGUCUCAUCAAUGCUGCUACGGGCUAAUUGGACACUAAUAUAUGUGCGCUUCAGAUUUAGCAUAUCGUCGAUGGUCUUCGAAACUCUAUUGGCGUCCUGGAUAAUAUUCGCUAUUCGUGUCGUGUAUGUUUCAAGUCGGCCGUCUAUAGCUGCGAAUUUCCCGAGAAGAGCUUCCUUCUCCAGAUUAUAACUGGAGGCCCUUCUAAUGAGGGUUUGGUGGAGAAUUCCGUAAUUUCUGAUUGGAGGAGAAGAAUUGGCGUCCACACCGCCCCGUUGUGACCCAAAUUCCUUGUAUCUUUUCCACAACCCUUUCACUUCAUCAUCAAUCAUUCUUACUGAAUCGGGUGAAUUCAGAACGCGUAGGCAUAUCUGAAUAUCCUUAUCAAUGGCGUCACUUCUCUUUGCAACACGUCUCUGACAUGACUGAUGAAAAGCGUCGAUCACUUUCCUCUGCUGUCUAAUAAUUCCCUGAAUCAUCCCUCC